AUGUCCAGCGUUCCUUCGGUCAGCGUGCCUCCCAAUUCUCUGCCGGGAUCGGCCAGACAAAGGCGACGUGUUGAGGAUGGAUGGCUGCAAGACCGACCUGAACAACCUGCGACGAAAGAGCGCCUCUUGGAGCUACUGCUCGAGAAAUACUGGCAGGGAGUUGCCCGUGAAAUCAAACAUAUUCUUCUAUCACUAGCAGAAAUCCGAGAUGUUGGGCUCGUCAAGACUGAAGUCAUCAACGCCGGUGCUGGAGAUAUCACAGGCUACAACACCUUUAUCGACCAGAUUUGCGAAAGCAAUCUCGUCAAGACCCAUGCCAAGGUAGGCCAGUCUGGCUGGGCUCGUGGGGAUCCUCACGAACCGUGGCAUCCUUUUCGCAAGCCAGAGCCGAGCGACAAUCAAGAAAUGAAAGAUGCUGUUGCGGCUGAGCUGCAGAAAAUGGCUCAGACACAAGAAGACUACUUGCACCUCCAAGCAAGGCUUCUCCUACAAGCAGCAGGAUUCCUCGAUAUCGACAAGCUAAUCGGCCAUCGGGAACCCGUGGAAACGCAUGGGUUUCACAUCUGGCGGAAAGGCCAGACGCCGCAACGCAAGUGCAUUCUCGAUGUUCGCUUGGAGCGCUGGAACGAGGAUUUCAGCCCCUCCUUGACAGCGGCAAGGUGCGCAAUUCCCAAAUGUAGGAACAUCCUGCGCGGUGUUUUGUUUCAAUGUCGGCGACAAGACUGCCAGGAGGUGCCUCGUCUCACUCGCGACGACUACAUCUGUGAGAAAUGCUUCCGUCAGCGCACACAUCCCCAGGAUCAUCUUGUCAAAGUGUACAAGCACCAUAUCCUUGAUGCAAUCAUGUUGCCGCACGUCAGCCGCAAGCUAUGUCGCUGUAGUGAUGUUGCCCCCUUUGAUGCCAACGGCUCAUACACCGCCCUGUACCCGAUCGACCCGAAUGCAAAGCAUCGCUGGGACAAGGCACAGAAGGUGCCGAAAUGCAGACUUUUCCAGCUCUCUGCCCUGGUUGUUGAUGCCAAACGUCAAGGCCUAGAGACACCUCUCGAGAACAAAAAGCAACUCCAGAGUCUGACCAAAGAUGCCUUGGCCACAAUCAGAACGAAGUCAUCCCCGAGAAGGCCCUUGAGACACGCAGCCGAGCAGAGGCUCGAAGAACAGCCAGAUGCCGAUAUCCCCUUUGUCUCAAAGACUGUCAACUCGAAAUUUCCUUUUGGAAAUACCCAUGUCGCGCUGAUGGUUGGUCCGCUGAUUAUCGAGAAUGGGGUCGAGCAUACCAAGGGUGGAGUCUUCAUCAGCAGCAGACAUCCUCUCAACUACUUGGUACCGCCCGAACGCGACGAGGAUCUUUCAGAUUGCCUCACCUUCAGCCGUGACAGGAAGAUUUACACGCAGAAAGACUUCCCUGUGCCUGAUAGAAGACUUAAAGCGUGUAUGAAACAGGUGGUCGGAGGCGCUUUCUCUCGCUGGACGAACGAGGAGCAAGAAGAUGAAAUCAUCCAAUGCCUUGUCUCCGAAAGCCUGUUCCCGAAUGGAUCCACCAUGCGCAGAUUGAGACACAUCCACGCCGCCACCACGCGACUGAAGGAGAAGAUCAAACCUAUAUUGGAAGGACGGAUUAUCCUGUACCUAGAGAAGAUAGUCACGCACCUCUUCGAUGUCGAGGUCGAUAUUGAAUGGCACGCCACAAAAAACAGCUGUCAGAGCUUCUGUGACUCCAUCCUGCGCCACGGAGACUUUGGGAGCUUGUUUGGCACGCCUGAAGGUGCGUGUCCGUACCUGCUGAGCUUUGUGGUCCGCAAAGAAGGAUACGACUAUGCGUUGGUCGAGUCAAAGCACGACGUCCCGAACGGUCUGACCGAAGAAUACCUCUUUGGGUUUCGGAGUGGCCGCCAUGAUGACGCCGACAUCAUUGACACCCUCCAGGAGUAUUGGUACGACUGGGGGGCUUUUGGUCAACACCUGUACCGCUUCCAGGACCUCUUCCCGUGGGACUGUACGGAGGCAUAUCGCAAAGACCCGACGACCUGCGGUACGUGCGACAUUUCCAAGCAUGUGUGGGCCUUCCCAUUCGACUCAUGGUCAAUGAUCCAUCUGCAUCUGCAGAAGGGUCGUCACUGGUACUGCCCUUCCUCGGAACGUGGAUAUGCUCGAUUGACGGACCAAGAAUGGAUGGACAAUCGCACCACACUCCUGCUGGCACAGGAUGCUCUGAUCAAGGGAGCGGUCGCCAUGUCGAGGACGCCGGCAUUGCUGUCUGCGUCGGCAUGGUUCAUGAAAUGCCCCGAGCCACAAUAUGACCGUCUCAAACUCGGCGGCAUCCACCGCGCCCAGCCGUUCAGCCACCGCUUCGAGGUCAACCGCUUCACGCACUUCUACCUCGCUCCCUGGGCACCCUUCACCCGCCCCUACCGCAUCAAAUGCUACGAGCUUCUUCGAGCGACCCGCAAGCAGCAGCGAGACGUGUGCCUCCCCAAAGGUCACCACGACCUCGAUCCCCUCGGCCUGACGACGUUGAUCGGAAAUCUGGGCAAGUCUUAUGUGAAAAUUGACAACCUCACCGAGGAUGUCGCUUUCUUCACCACGUUGGUCGAGAUCGCCACCGUGGGCGGCUUGGAUCAUGGGUUCGGGACUCUGUUCGGCGCCCCGGAUCUCUCUGACCAUGUCGAUACUUUGACCGGCAUCGCGACCUUGGCCCCGGACCCGAGCUCCAUCGGGGAUCUGGCUAGUGGGCUGAGUGAUUUGACGGAUCAUAUCAGUGACGCUUUCAACCUGUUUUGA